CAUGUGGCGCGAUGUGGGAAACCGGGGCUAAAGUUUGACAGCCGGAGAGAUAAACACCAUCUUUAUCCCCCGAACGGGUCUCCCUGGAGACGCCAAACAUGUUUUCAACGGAGACAAAUUGUUGGUUCAUCCGAAAGGUCGUCUGCUGGAGAUCUGCAGCCAGCAUCGCUUGGGCAGUUCUCUUGUUGCCACCAACCACCGCAGUUUUUGUUCUCCUCAGCAAGUUCAGCCUUCUCCACCCCAUCCAAACGAUAUCAGAAUGCCUGUCUUUACUGACAAGUGCCAGUUCAGUUUUCUCCUUGAUCCUGCUCGGUGGAGUAAUCAUCAUGGUUGGUUUCCUGAUCUUGGAGUAUUGCACAGUCAUCCCAACUAUUGCCUGCUCAAAAAUGGCAUUGUUGGGCCAACUCCUCCACCCUCGCCAGCUUGUCAACUCUUUAGCCCACUGCCUCAUGGGUAUAAUCGUGGCCUGGUGUUGUGCCGUCAAAGUUGGUUCCAGAUAUGAGAAGCUUGGCACGCCUUGCUCACAGGGGGUUGGACACGAAGGUGAUCCUCAGAUGUGUCUCAAUGAGUACCACCUCCUCUUUCUGCUGGCCGGAGCCUUUGUUGGAUUAUCUCAUAGUCUGCUGGGAGUGAUCCACAACAUGAACUACAUCCCCUUCCAUACUGUUCAGCAACAGAAAUAUCUUCGCUUCAAGGGAUCCCUGCCUUUGCUGGUGAAGUGCAGCGCCACGCAAGCAUUUUACUCCAUCAGAAACUACAUCGUCGUAUAUUACUUUCUGGGGCACAUUCCACGAACGUGGCUCUGUAAAACUCUGAAUCUUCAUUUGGACAACUCUAUAAACCCCCUCGACAGCAUCGCUGGGCUGUUGGACGUGUCGCUUCUCUAUCACCUUUGGAUUAGCGCGACGUACCUGCUCUUCACAUGGUACAUCACACUGCUGCUCUUUAGGAUCUUUGUCACUGAGGUGUACAGUUUUUCUGUGCUGUCAUCAUUUACUGAAGAUGCCUACCAAUGUCUUCCCAAAGUUCUUACUGACAAGCAGCCAAUGAUAUUAAAGUUUUUAGCUCUGCAAGACUUGGCUCUGUUGUCUCAGUAUUCUCCAAUACGACGCAGUGAAGUCUUCAGUUUAAGCCAGCCAGGAGGGCAUCCUCAUAACUGGAAUGCCAUCAGUAAAGAGUGUCUGGCUCUGCUGGCCGACCUGACCCAGAGGCUUGUGGCCUACAAUGAAACCAUAGCGACCAACGGCCGGGCCAAGUCCCUGUCGAGCGGGAGUGAGAGGAAGACCUCGUCCGAGUCAUCAGGAACCUCGGGGACAGAGGACCCGAUGACUCCAAGGUUCACUUUCCAAAAGAAAACUCCGGCAUCCGUCUUUGCCCGCUCCAUAGCCGGAGGCCAGCAGAGCCCCAUGACGGCACCGUUCACUCCCGACCUGGACAGCCCUUUUUCUUCCCCGGCUUUGCGCCGUCUCGCCUCUCCUCUGGAUCAAGGUUCACCUUGGUACGGCACAGUGCAGAGCCCACACUUGAUGAGGAGAGCACCAAAACUCUGGUCUACGCCCACAGAUCCGCAGGUGAAUGGCAGCCCCGCACUUUCCCCAGACUCAGUUCCCAGCCCGAAGCAGGAACCCUCCAAACCAAGUUUCCUGACUCUGUUCCUCCAGAACAGAAAAGAACAGGUUAAACAUUUCUUGGCAAAGCGGGUGCUGAUAAUGUAUUUGUUUAACAAGCUUCCAGAAGCUUCCAGUCAGGCUCUCUUUGCCGACAGCCAGGCUCAUAUCUGGGCUUUGGAAGGGCUGUCUUAUCUUGUUCAAGCCUCAUUCUCAGAAGACGAGUUUGGAGUCGUGCAGACUACAUUACCCAGCAUUCUCAGCUCCAUGCUGCUCUUACAAGAGGCUGUAGACCGGCACUUCAAGCUUCCUCACGCCUCCAGUAAACCCGUCAGGUCCAGCGGCGGCUUGGGAGACUCCACCUACAGAACGCUGCGCUUCGCUCUCAGGGCCACGCUCAAGACCGCCAUUUACAGGAUAACGACUACUUUUGGAAAUCACUUAAAUGCUGUUCAGAUGUCCGCGGAGCACCAGAAGAGAUUGCAGCAGUUUUUGGAGUACAAGGAAUAACACUCCUUCCCUGAUGUGCGUGCGUGUGUGUCGGUGUGUGUGUGUGUCAGUGUGUGCUUGCGUGAGAUGGCAUCGGCUUAAGAAAAGCAACAAGUCACAGCCCCAUGAUGCUGCCUCCUUUAAUAUUUAUGUUUGUGCUGUUGUGUUUGAUUGUAUUUUACAGGCUCUCCCAAUGGUGGGGAGACUAAAACCUCUUGUGUUUGGGUUUCAAAUUAAGAUCCUGUCUAAACAACUCAUUCCAAAACACUUUCAUUUGUAUUACCGGAAAGAGAGUAUUACUUUUAUUAAUUGGGAUGAGUUGUCGAGGGCUGUUUUUACUUCUGGGUUUAUCCUUCAGCUGCUCUUCUUAAUAUAUUUUUGUACGAUGAGACCAAGAUCAGUAGCAAUAUAUCAAAUAUUUUUAGCAUCUAACACCGAUAUUGCACGUCUUGGGUUUCAGAUGUUUAAGAUUAGCUUUCGUAGACUGGGUUUUCUUGUGAACACGAGCCUUGAGAACGGUGAAAACACUUCAGUGAGUCCAGUGUCUGUAUAUGUUGAUCACUUGUAUGGUUUGUUUGUGUGAAACAAGGUCAAGUCAGAUCAGCGGCGAUGAGCAACUGGUUGCCACUGUGGGCAAAUGUUUCUCUGCAAGUGUGAUGUUUGUUUUGUCAUUUUGAGUUUCCUCCCAAAGAACUGUUGAAUAAAAACAUUUCAAGUAA